AGAUGCAAAUACGUACAUUAGCCGGCAUGAUGUCACUCAAAUACUCGUACCUGAAUUAUACGUAGAGAAUUAUUACAUACACACAGGGAGUUGGUGCGGAGUCGGUGGCACGUUACAAUGAGCCAAAUCUUGUGGCUGGCGGGGCUAAUGAGCUCGAGAGUGGACGCUAGAAAUUUGGUGAUUCGUCGAAAAUGGGGGAAGCUCAGUGCUGUGACUGGGUCAGACCUCGCAGCAUUUCCCCUCGGUUCGAACCUGUUUAGGAACAGUGUAACAUUUUCUUCGCAAAACGUAAAGACUUCGAGCAUUAUCAGGAGGCUCUUGAGGCGUAUAAAAAUUCGAGGUCUAUACCGGUUAUCUUCAAAGAAGUGUUCUUCUGAGUGUGGCUGUUUUUUGUGUGUGGCUGAAUUCAAACCAAUGACAUGAUAUCUGGUAUUUGUACUUCUGCCUCAGAGAAUGUCCAAGAUUCGGAGAAUCGAUCCCUAGUGAAGUUCAAAUGGGUGAUAAGCAAUUGAGAGCGCUGGAAAAUACCAGAAGCUGUGGCAUUACACCCAAUGCAG